UCUAUGACUUAGCCAGCCCUAUAUGAAAGCUCUUUCUCAAUUGCUUUCCUCAAAACCCGUUGCCCUCUCUCUCUCUCUCUAUUCACUCUCUCACCCCACAUUUCAUCGAUCUCCGAUGGAGCAGUAUGAAAAAGUUGAGAAGAUCGGGGAGGGAACUUAUGGAGUCGUGUACAAGGCCCGUGAUCGCGUGACAAACGAAACUAUUGCUCUAAAGAAAAUCCGUCUGGAGCAUGAAGAUGAGGGAGUGCCGAGCACUGCUAUCAGAGAGAUAUCUCUCUUGAAAGAGAUGCAGCAUGGUAACAUUGUAAGGCUGCAAGAUGUGGUGCACAGUGAGAAGCGCUUGUAUCUGGUAUUUGAAUAUCUGGACUUGGACUUGAAGAAGCACAUGGAUUCUUGCCCAGAAUUCUCGAAGGAUCCUCGUCUAGUUAAAAUGUUUCUAUAUCAAAUACUACGUGGUAUUGCUUAUUGCCAUUCUCAUAGAGUCCUUCAUCGAGAUUUGAAGCCUCAGAACUUGCUGAUAGACCGCCAAACUAAUGCAUUGAAGCUUGCAGACUUUGGGUUGGCCAGAGCAUUUGGUAUUCCUGUCAGGACAUUUACGCAUGAGGUGGUCACUCUAUGGUACAGAGCACCAGAGAUUCUUCUUGGAUCCCGCCACUAUUCUACUCCCGUUGAUGUGUGGUCAGUUGGUUGUAUAUUUGCUGAGAUGGUGAACCAACAACCAUUGUUUCCUGGUGACUCUGAGAUUGAUGAACUCUUUAAGAUUUUCAGGAUCACAGGAACUCCAAAUGAAGAUACAUGGCCGGGAGUGACUUCUUUGCCUGAUUUUAAAUCUGCAUUUCCAAAAUGGCCUCCUAAGGACUUGGCAACUGUGGUUCCAAAUCUUGACGCGGCUGGUCUUGACCUCCUUGGAAAAAUGCUCUGCUUGGAUCCCAGCAAAAGAAUCACGGCCAGAAGUGCUCUCGAGCAUGAGUACUUCAAGGAUAUUGGAGUUGUCCCCUGAUUCAGUUCCCUUUUUAUAAUCGUGCAAAUGUAUAUUGGUACGUGGCAUCUGCGGGUUUUUAUUCUGUGAGAUAUGUGUGCUGUUUAGCUGGAAUUUUUCUUUUUUUUUAUUCCCUUGGUAUUAUUAAGUUUAAUUUGAAGUGUGGUUCUGGGCAAAUCAACUUCGGAUCAUGCAUUUGCUAGUGCUUUUAGUUUUUCAAAUCCCCCAGUGUGAUUUUCUUUUCCCAUUUUUGUCAAUGGUAUUGUAACAUCGUGUUGAUUUUAGACAUAUUGGCUUUUGUUCUUCUGGUCGAGCGAUUGAUAUUGAGUGCCGUUUAUUGUUA